AUGGCGAGUCGGCAGGAGGGCCAGCCCCCCGGCUCCCGGAAGUCGAGCGGGCGCAACAUCGGCCAGUUUGUCAUCGACAAGGAAAUCGGCAAGGGCAGCUUCGCCCAAGUCUACAUGGGAUGGCACAAGGAGUCCAAAGCUGCCGUCGCCAUCAAGUCGGUCGAACUCGCCCGGUUGAACAAGAAGCUUAAGGAGAACCUGUUUGGGGAGAUUCAGAUCCUCAAGUCUCUGCGGCAUCCUCACAUCGUCGCCCUCCAUGACUGUGUCGAGUCGUCCACGCACAUCAAUCUCAUCAUGGAGUACUGCGAGCUGGGGGAUCUCUCCUUGUUCAUCAAGAAGCGAGACAAGCUCAUCACACAUCCCGCCACGCAUGACAUGGCUCGCAAGUACCCGGUAGCCCCCAACUCUGGGCUGCAUGAGGUUGUCAUUCGCCACUUUCUGAAGCAGCUAUCAAGUGCUCUCGAGUUUCUCAGGAGCAACAACUACGUCCAUCGCGAUGUCAAGCCCCAAAAUCUCUUAUUGUUGCCCUCGCGCUCCUUUAGGGAUCAACGGCAGUUCCACAUUUUGUCGGCCAGCCAGGACUCACUGAUUCCCGUCUCCGGACUUACAUCGCUGCCGAUGCUCAAGCUGGCCGACUUUGGCUUCGCGCGGGUGCUGCCGUCGACGUCGCUGGCCGACACUCUGUGCGGCUCACCACUUUACAUGGCGCCCGAGAUCCUGCGGUAUGAGCGGUACGAUGCCAAGGCGGACUUGUGGUCAGUGGGCACCGUCCUUUACGAGAUGAUCACAGGCAGGCCCCCCUUCCGGGCCAGGAACCACGUGGAACUGCUGCGCAAGAUCGAGGCCGCCGAGGACGUCAUCAAGUUUCCCCGCGAGGUCGUCGUGAGCUCCGAGAUGAAGGCCCUCGUACGGAGCCUUCUCAAGAGGAGCCCGGUUGAGCGAUUGAGCUUUGAGAACUUUUUCGCGCACCCUGUAGUCACCAACGACAUCCCGGGCCUAGUAGAGGACGACAUUCCGAAGCCGCCACCCAAGCGAGAACUGGAGACGAUUCCUCAAGGGGAGGCCCUGCCUUCACCACGGUCACCAGGCCCGAGCCGCGGCACAGGACAUGACUUCAUUCCUCGCGACGCUGGCUCAUCAAGGUCCCCGCGAGACGCGGCGCCGCGGUCGCCUCAGACCGGCAGCCCCGGUGAUGGCCGAUACCGACGGCAAACCGGUGACGUGCACCGACUGAGCGAGUCCCCACGGAAUGGCGGUGAGGGCCUAGGAAUUCAGCGCCCGACGCCGCAACAUACCGUUUCGACACCAAACUAUCAACCACAUCUGACGACCAGGCCAUCUCGCGACCGCGUUGUGACGCCCGGCGUGAGCCCGACAGAUGUAAGGCGGCCGCCCGCCGUCAAUCGCGAAGCCUCGGAGGAAGAGCAGGCAGCCCAGGACGUCAUGUUCGAGCGGGACUAUGUCUUGGUCGAGCGGAGGCACGUUGAAGUCAAUGCCCUCGCGGACGAGCUGGCUGCCAACCAAGUGCCCGGCAUGCAACGGGGCCAACAGAUGGUACGGCGGAGCACCCAACAGGGGGCGCCGACGUCGACCACGGGUGCCAUCCCCACGCCAGCCUCGCAGACUGCCUUGGUCGCACAAGGCCGAGCAGGACAAGACAAGCGCUCGUCGUACGAAAAGGCCCUCAGCUCCAGCCCGAGCUCGGCGUCGAGCGCCAUCACAAAGGCGAUUCAAGAUGCCAGCCUCAGGCUCUUCGGCUUCAAGAUGGCACCAGUCCGUGGUGCCAAGGGCCACUCGCCGCCCAUGUACCAACCUUUCCCGGCCUAUCCCACGCCUUCUGCACCCGCAGGCCUGCUCGGUGACGGCAAGAGCAGCCCGUCCGCCGACGAGGACGUGCGCGCCAAGGACGCCAUGGAAGAGUACGCCGAGCGGAGCGACUGCGUGUAUGGCUUCGCCGAAGUCAAGUACAAGCAGCUGGUCCCGCUGGCACCGUCCAUGGACCACGGGCUUGGCGGUGUCCCCAUGGAUCAGCUCGCGGACGAGGAAGAUGGCUUGACGGUUGAGGCGAUUGUUUCCCUGUCCGAGGAGGCUCUCGUCCUGUACGUCAAGUCGCUGACGCUGCUCGCCCGGGCCAUGGACAUUGCCAGCGUGUGGUGGUCCAAGAAGAGCCGCGGUGCCGUGGCGACGGGAGUCUCUGCCGCCGUGUCUGAGCAUGUCGCGCAAAAGAUCAAUGCCAUCGUGCAGUGGGUGCGACAACGCUUCAACGAAGUCCUGGAGAAGUCGGAGAUUGUCCGUCUCAAGCUCCUGGAGGCCCAGAAGCUGCUGCCCGAGGAUCACCCCAGCCAUCCGGCAAAUCACGGUGAGGACUCGAUCGUAUCAUCGUCGGGAUCUGCCGCGAAGCAGGUCUACCUCACGCCCGGCAUCAGUGCCGAGAAGCUCAUGUACGACCGCGCCUUGGAGAUGAGCCGCGCGGCCGCGAUUGACGAGGUGACCAAUGAGAACUUGCCGGGCUGCAAGAUUUCGUACAUCACGGCCAUUCGCAUGUUGGAAGCGGUGCUGGAGAGCGACGACGACGCCGUGGGCAGGAGGCUUGCGAAUGGCAAGGAGGUCGCCCGCGGCUCCCUAGAGAAUGGAGGCGACCUCGACAGUGACGAGGAGGCCCACGUGCGGAAGAUGAUCAAGAUGAUUACUGGCCGACUGGCAUCGGUGACGAAGAAGCAGCAAAUGAUUGUCGAGGCCAACAACAAGGAGCAACAAGCUCAGCUGCAGGCGGCACGACGACGGAGCGGCGAUGUUACACCGCGGAGCAUCCCUUCUCAUGGGUCGACUUGA